AAAGUUUAUACUUAAAAUUUACGAAGAAACAAAAAGAUUUAUUCAGAAGCACAAGGAUUCCAUAAUCAUUACGAAUGCGGACAAGGGUAACAGGACAGUAAUGAUAUAUAAGGCAGAUUACCAACAAAAAAUGAAAGACCUCUUAAAUGAUAAAUGCACAUAUAAGGCUAUCAGAAUUGACCCGACCCAACAGCUUUUAAGGAAAAACAACAAUUUGGUGAAUGACAUCUAUAAAAAUAAAAGCAUUGACUUUAAACUUAAACAAUACUUGACAUGCACGGCAGCUACAGCACCAAGACUCUAUGGCUUACCCAAAAUCCACAAAGAGAACACACCUCUUCGACCAAUUUCAUCAUCUAUGAAUGUACCAUGCUUCAAACUGGCAAAAUAUGUGGGGCAGACCCUUAAAAAUAUCGUUUCUGAAAACUUUAACGUGAAAAACUCAUUUCAACUGAAGGAAAAUAUUAAAAACAUAACUGUUGAUGAUGAUGAAAUGCUUAUAUCCCUGGACGUCGUAUCUUUAUUCACGAAUAUACCCAUCCAUUUGGCGAUUAACACAAUAAUGAAGCAGUGGUCAAGCCUAGAAAAGCAUACAACAAUAACCAAAAAACAAUUCCUAACAAUAUUAGAAUUUUGUCUGAGGGAAAACAACUACUUCGUCUACGAUGGAACCUUUUACCAGCAAGUACAAAAUUAUUGACGACAGCAUUAUCGAGCUAAGAAAUAAGGACAUAUGUAUCAAAUACAUUACCAAAUAUGUAGAUGAUAUAUUCGCUAUAGUUAAGACAAAAGACGUGGAAGAGAUAUUGAAAAUAUUUAAUCAACAGCAUACAAAAGUACAAUUCACACUGGAAAAGGAAAUAGAUAACAAAAUAGCCUUCCUAGAUAUUGAAAUUCAUAAGAGUGAAAAUAAAUUGAAAACUAACUGGUAUACCAAUAGCGUAGCAUCAUCAAGGAUGAUCAACUUUAAUUCUAAUUACCCGUGGGCCCUGAAGAAGAACACAGCAAUAAAUUUCAUCACCAAAGUUUACUCCUUGAGUGAUCCGGAGUUCAUAGAAGACAAUAGGGCUAAAAUAAAAAACAUUGUCUUCAAAAACGCAUAUCCCAGCGGAGUAAUAGAGACACUAAUAACAACAGCGAUAAAUAAAAUGAAAUGCAAUAACAACAUAACAAUAAAUAAAAAUAACACGAAAACAUACACAGGCGUCGCGUAUAUACCCAACCUAACGGACAACAAAACAUUGGGCAAAAUUAUUAAAAACAAUAACAUAUGCUAUGCACAUAAGCCACAUAACACGAUCAGAAAUAUUUAUACCAAAUCAAAGGGCAAAAUUAACAAUGAACAACUACACAAUGUAGUCUACGAAAUAUCGUGCAAAGGAAAUGAAGGCGAAAGCUGCAAUAAAAUAUACAUUGGAACAACGAAGAGAGCAUUAGGAACCAGAAUCAACGAACACAAACUUGACGCCAAAAAUAAGAAAAACACCACAGCGUUAGCGCAGCACUUGGCCACAAACAAUCACACAGCAGAUUUCGCCAACGCUAGAAUUUUAGACGUGGAGAACAGAACUAGAAAGCGGAUGACAUUAGAAGGGCUACGCAUACAACAAAAUAUAUGUAAAGCGAUGAACUACAAAGAAGAUGUUGACAAUAUAAGCUGUGCAUAUGCUACUGCAAUAACACACAAUGUUUAAGCUAUCGGAAGAUAAAGAAGUUG